UUUAUUCACAAGACAACUGGGUAGAAGUGUAUAGCUGUGUUUAAAGGCUCAACACUCAAAAUAACAUAAAGGAUUUUUAUAAUCUGCAACGACUGGCAACCAAUAUAAAACAGUGAAGAGGAUGGUGGCCGUGACAUUCUUGUUCCUCUGCUUCUGGGCUGCAGGUGACCUCAGCCGUAUCCAGGUUACUCAGGAGCCAGACAGGCCCUCUCUGAAGGUGCAGCUCUCUCACACCGCCUCCCUGCGCUGCUGCUACUCAGUCACAGGGGGAACCGUGGACACCACCUGGGUCACCAGCCCCCACAUGGUCAACGGCAUCCUUCGGGGAGUGGACUGGAGAGACAACCGUGUGACGGUGGAUGGGGGGGAACCUGACGGCAGCGGGGUCAUGUGUCACACACUCAUCCUGAGGGAGGUCCGUCUGAACGACACAGGGUUGUACCAGUGUUUCCUCAACCACAGCACCCUGCGGCCCUCUGUAUACACCCACGGCACCUUCCUGCAUGUCUACAGGCCGAUGGUGAAGGUUCUGGACAUCAGUGAAAGCACCAAGAACAGCAUCCUGACUGCUGAGGGAAUGUUACUGAUGGUGGCAGUGCUUCUGCAUGGUACCAUGAUGCUCUGUAAGACGAAGAAACUCAAUCAACUGAAGAAGAAAAGGGUCAAAGAGGAAGAGGAGAAUAUCUAUGAGGGUCUAAAUCUGGAGGAAUGCUGCUCCACAUAUGAUCAGAUCCAGCGCUCUCUGGUGCAGGGCCCCUACCAAGACGUGGGAAACAUGAUUAUGGAGGAGGAGGAGGAAAUCCAACUGGAGAAGCCUUGAAUGAGAGGGGGAAGGAAGGAGGGGGAUGAAGACAGAGGGUGGGAGAAGAGAAGAGUCAUUGUAUAGAACAGAAUUGUGGUGAGGGUUUUGAUAGGAAUUUUCUUAACUGCCCCCCCCCCCCCCCUCCUUAUGUUUGAAUUUAUAGAGUUGACCUGCGUUUUCCUUGCAGCCUUUGCUUAUAUUUGAAUCUAAUUUCUUAGUGGACCAAAAAGACAGUAACCUACAAUGUCAAAGGGCAUUUUGCUUUCAAUUUUGCCUUUCGUUACCAAUGCCGAUACCUAACCACUUUAUAUUCAUAAGAAAAGAAAAAAUCUGCAUGUUUGCAUUUUCUAUGCUUUGUGUAUGCAUUGGCCAAAUGUUUUUUUUUCUCUCUCCAAUCUCCAUAAUUCAAGGCCUGGAUUGUGCUUUGUAAAUACAAUUAUAAAACUGA